CCCCCGUCCCGUGUGCUCGUUCUGCCAGGUGCCUGCGGCGCUCUCUCCAUGGAAAUUAGAGCCAGCGCCAAGGUGCGAGCUUUCGUGGGCGAGCAAGUGUCGCUGAAGUGCUCCUUCACGUCCAGCGCUCCCGUCACGGAGAGCCUCACGGUGGACUGGACGUACCGGCCCGUGAUCUUUCAUUAUCAAUCUGUUCCAUACCCAACAACAACGGGCAAGUUCAAAGACAGAAUAUCCUGGAUUGGGAGUGUGGCCAAGGGUGAUGCUUCCAUUGCCAUCCAAAGCCCGGCGAUAAGUGACAACGGGACGUUCAUCUGCAGCGUGAAGAAUCCUCCGGACGUGUACCAUAACAUUCCCCAGACAGUGCUGAUUGUUACGGAGAGGGGUCUUUCCUUCCAGCUAACUUCGGCAGUGCUGCUGUCCAUUUUAGUCUUUCUCCCUUCUGUCGUUGUGGUCGUUCUGCUGUUGGUAAGGAUGGGAAGGAAAUUUGGAGUGCUAAAGGAGAAAAAAAAGUUUGGCUAUAAGAAAUCAUCCAUCGAAGUGCCUGAACGUACAGAGACAGCCAGCUGCUUGGGGAAACUCAGAAACUGGUGUCUGAACUGUGUGGACACAGAUGAGGAAGACCUGUACUGA